CUGUUUCCGUUUUCCUUCAUUUCUCGGUCUCCUCCGGAAAAGCCGGAAGGUGCUGGGGCCCGGGCUACGGCCAGACCCGCCUACUCUGCCCCAGCACGUUUGUGCCUGCGCGGGAACUUGUGCUUCCCCGGACUCGACCCACUAAAGCGGUUUCGGGAUCUGCUCACUGAUGCUCUCGGUUGGCUGACGCCACAGCCUAGUCUCCUGAUGGAGCCUGAAUCCAGUAGGUGUGAAGAGGAGCCCCCUUCCCUCUUCUGGGGUUUGGAUCCUGUGUUUUUAGCCUUUGCAAAACUCUACAUCCGGGAUAUCCUGGACUUGAAAGAGUCCCGCCAGGUGCGAGGUAUAUUUUUUUACAAAGGACAUCCAAUAAGACAAGUGGAUAUCUUGGGAACAGUGGUUGGAGUGAGAGAAAGAGAUGCCUUUUACGCUUAUGGAGUGGACGAUAGUACUGGAGUCAUAAACUGCAUCUGCUGGAAAAAACUGAACAGUCCCGAGUUUUUACCAGCUGUACCUGCCCCAAGUACUCGGAGCCUCACCACUGAGCUUGCGAAGCUGCAGGAAACCAUUGAGGAGAGAUCGAAGCUGGAAAUCGGGGAUGUCAUCCGGGUCAGGGGCUGCAUCCAGACCUACAGAGAAGAGCGGGAGAUCCGUGCCCUGAUUUAUUAUAAAGUGGAUGAUCCCAUGUUCAGGGCGCAGGUCGCCAGGAUGCAGGAACUGCCCCCACUCUACCGGCAGGUCUAUGACCAGCCCUUCCAGUGCGCAGCGUUGGAGAGAGAGAAGACACUGAGCAACCCAAGCUCCCUGGACCUUCUCAGUCUCACGGGUUUGCUGAGUGACAAAAUCAAAGAAUUCCUCCUGGAGAACCGCGUGAUGACCUUCUACCAGCAGGAACUGGAGCUGGAGCCCUCCCUGCUGUCCCUGGCCAACCAGCCCGCCAUCCACAGCGCCUGCUCUGAGCAAGUGGAUCAUACGAAUGACACCACUUCCAGGGCCAUUCACAGUAUAUUUAAGAAUGCCAUCCAUCUGCUUCAGGAGAAAGGAUUCAUUUUCCAGAAAGAUGGUGGUUUUGAUAACCUCUAUUAUGUAACCAGAGGGGACAAAGAACUCCACAGGGAGAUCCAGCGGAUUAUUCAAGAAGACUGCCAGAAGCCAAAUCACGUGGAGAAGGGCUGCCACUUCCGGCACAUCCUGGCCUGUGCCCGCCUGCGCCUCUACCCGGGCCUGACGGAAGCGGUACUGCAGCAGGUGCUGGAGUUCCUGGAGAACCAGAGCGACAUCGUCAGCGCCUCCGAGCACCACUACGUGGCCUUCUGAGCAGAGGCCCAGAGACAGUUUGACCCUGCCGCGUGAACUGUGGGGUUGGGUCACGCCAGGAGUGGAGUUGGACAGAAACUCUCCCGGACC